AUGAAUAUUCGUCAUCAAUUGGUCCAGUUUUUGAACUUGGCACUUGUUCUUUCUUCAGCUUUUAUGGCAUGGAAAACUUUGUCAGUUAUAACUAAUUCUCACUCCCCAAUUGUUGUGGUUUUAUCAGGAUCUAUGGAACCAGCCUUUCAAAGAGGAGAUAUCUUAUUCUUAUGGAACAGAGAUAAUCAUGCUAAGGUCGGAGAUGUAGUUGUAUAUGAGAUUAAAGGAAAAUCAAUCCCAAUUGUUCAUAGAGUAUUAAGAGAACAUCACAAUGCGGAACUGAAGCAGUUUUUAUUGACUAAAGGUGAUAAUAACGCAGUUGAUGAUUUAGGCUUAUAUGCCAAAAAGCAAGCAUAUUUAAACCAAAAGACAGAUCUAGUUGGAACAGUUAAGGGCUAUUUACCGAUGGUUGGUUAUAUCACGAUUUUGAUAACUGAAAAUAUAUAUUUCAGAUACACGUUAUUAGGUCUAAUGGGAAUUUCGAGCCUUUUAUCGAAUGAAUAA